UAAAAGGAAAAAAGUGUCCAAAUUUUUUAAGGAACAGUAGUAUCAGCGAGUGUGUCUAGAGAAUAAUGGAUACCAUCACAAAGGUUCUGCCUGAAGAGUGUGUCGCAACUAUUAUUUCCUUGACAUCUCCUAAGGAUGCAUGCCAAUUAUCUCUCGUGUCCCCAUCCUUUAAAGAAAUUGCAGAUUCAGAUGCUGUGUGGGCAAACUUUCUUCCAUCUGAUUGUGAAGAUAUCAUAGAUCAAUCUUCAACACCAACCCUGAAUUUGUUGUCCAAAAAACAAAUUUACGCAUACCUAUGUGACUAUCAUGUUCUUUUUGACAAUGGGAAUAUGACUUUAUCUCUGGAGAAAGCUACGGGCAAGAAAUGCAUCAUCGUAAGUGCAAAGGGAUUUAAAAUAUCGUGGGGUGAUAAACCUUGUUAUUGGUACUGGGAAUCUACACCAGAGUCCAGAUUUUCUGAAGUAGCAAUGCUCAAAUAUUUGUGGUGGCUAGAAAUUUUGGGAAGUUUAGAAGCUAAAUUUUUGUCAGCAAAUACAACCUACGGUGUAUACUUCAUCUUUAAUUUUGAAAAUCACGGAUCAGAGUUCAUAUAUUUAAAUCAAAACUCGCAACCUAGAACUUAUGGGGAUUUGGUUGUGUGCGAAGGAAAUAUAAACGGAUAUCGUAAAAGAGUUUGCCUAGACCCUCCUGGUGAGGAAGUGCAUGAGAGAGAAGAUGGAUGGAUGGAAGUCGAGAUGGGAGAGUUUUUCAGUGGAGAUCAUGAAGAUAACUUGGUGGAUUUUAAGCUACGGGAUAUCAACUCACAACUUACACACUUUCUUGUAGUUGAAGGAGUAGAGUUCAGGCCCAAAAACAUGUGAAAUGGAGAAUCUUUCUGUAUGUGUUUGAACUAGAGUUUGUGGAUUUUAUUGAGUGAAAGUGGGUUAUUGAGUGAAAGGAUUUAUAUUUAGAAACA